AUGGCUACAGGUAACAAAGCCAAGAUCACAGACUGGGUGAACCCCAACGACAAGUCUGGAGAGUUCAAGCGCCAACAGUCGGUCUUCCGCAGCUUCAUCUCCCGAGAACCCGGUGCUGAGUUCCCUCCGGAGAAGGGCCGGUAUCAUCUCUAUGUCUCAUAUGCAUGCCCCUGGGCGCAUCGGACAUUGAUCACUCGGAAGCUCAAGGGUCUUGAAGACAUUAUUUCGUUUACAUCGGUGCAUUGGCAUCUGGGCGAGAAAGGCUGGCGCUUUGUAACCCCGGAUGAAGAUAUCCCGGGAGAGAACGCCACAGCAGACCCAUUGCAUGCCGACUUCACGCAUCUGCGGGAUAUCUACUUCUCCCAGAACCCGGAUUAUGAAGGCAGAUUUACGGUCCCCGUGCUCUUUGACAAAAAAACGCACCGAAUCGUGAGCAACGAGAGCGCCGAAAUUAUCCGCAUGUUCUACUACGAAUUUGACGAUCUCCUCCCCGAACAAUUCAAGAAUCUCGAUCUGUACCCGCCCGCUCUGCGCAGCGAGAUCGACGCCACCAACGACUGGACAUACAACGACGUCAACAACGGCGUCUACAAGUCCGGGUUCGCCACAACCCAAGAAGCGUACGAAAAGGCCGUGGCCACCCUCUUCUCCUCCCUCGACAGAAUCGAGGCCCAUCUCGCAAAGAAUCCCGAUGCCCCCUUCUUCUUCGGCUCCGCUCUCACCGAAAUCGACAUCCGGCUCUUCACCACCAUCAUCCGCUUCGAUCCCGUCUACGUGCAGCAUUUCAAGUGCAACAUCCGCGAUAUCCGCUCCGGAUACCCUGCCAUCCAUCGCUGGGUCCGACAUCUCUACUGGGACAUCCCUGCGUUCCGGGACACGACCGAUUUCGAGCACAUCAAGAAGCACUACACCAAGAGUCAUAAACAGAUUAACCAGUUCGCUAUUACUCCUGUUGGUCCGGUUCCGGAUAUUCUUCCCAAGGAUGAGGAGGUGAGGGCGGUUCAGGCAAAGCAAUAG